GAUAUCGACAAUUAAAAACGGUUUUACUCCUACAGGCAAGUUAAAUUGAUCAGUUCCUUCGGUGGUUUGGGCAAACACCGUCGUCUACGAUCGUAACGAAAUAUUUAAAGUAGUGGCAAAUAAAAACAAUUAUUUUAUUACUACGACGCCCAAAAAAUGCAGUGGCAGCCCCCAAACCUGACUGCAUCAUGUCCUGCCCACUCCGAGAUCACUGCAUGCAGUCCACUUGGCUACAUGUACCUGAGCCUCAUAGUCCAGCUAUACAGCGGCAGUAAGGACGCCAGGAUACAGGAGAAGAUCCACCAGUGUCCUCGUGAAGAAGUGGAGAAGGAUGAAGAAUAUGACUUUAUUAUUGUUGGGGCUGGGGCAGCUGGGUGCGUGCUGGCUAAUCGGCUGUCUGCUUUUGAGCAGUGGAAGGUGCUGGUCCUAGAAGCUGGCACGGAACAGCCCGACGUGAGCCUGGUUCCUGGGCUAGCGACGGCCAUGCUAGGCUCCAGCGUUGACUGGGGGUACACUACUAUGCCUGAUGGAAGGAGCUGCCUCGCAAGACCUGGACAGGCCUGCUCGUGGCCUAGAGGUAAAAUGAUGGGCGGGUCGAGUUCUAUCAACUCAUUCGCGUACAUCCGAGGUAACAAGCUUGACUAUGACCACUGGGCGGAGUUGGGCAACGAUGGCUGGAGCUACGAAGAAGUGCUGCCAUAUUUCAAGAAAUCCGAACGAAAUUUGAAUAUAGAAGGCCUGGACCGCAAAUAUCAUGGAGUCCACGGCGAACAAUCGGUCCAACGACUGCCUUACACGGACAAACCUUCUCUCAUGUUGAUAGAAGCGUUUCAAGAACGAGGUAUCCCUAUCAGAGACUAUAAUGCAGCCUACCAGGUUGGCGCCAUGAAGGCACAAGAGACCUCAGAGGACGGCGAGCGCGUCUCCGCCAACAACGCCUUCAUGCAACCCAUUAGAUACAAAAGGAAGAACUUGACCGUCAAAGUAAAAUCUGAAGUGACCAAAAUCCUCAUCAACAAACAAAAAGUCGCUUACGGAGUUAAAUAUGUUAAAGAUGGUCGUGUUCACAGAGCUUAUGCUAGGAAGGAAGUUAUCGUCAGCGGUGGAUCUAUUAACUCUCCUAAACUCCUCAUGUUAUCCGGUAUAGGACCUAAGAAGCAUUUGUCUGAAUUAAAUAUUACCGUAAAGCAAGAUUUAGCCGUCGGAGAAAAUUUGCACGAUCACGUUACUUUCAAUGGUAUCAUUGUAGUUCUACCUAACAGGACAGCCACUACAGUCAGUGGGGAUGAGUUAUUGCAGGAGUUGCGUGAUUAUAAGAAAAUGGAACAUAAGGAUGGACCACUGGCUUCCCAAGGACCAGUCAACUCCAUCUCAUUCAUUAAGACUGAUCAUGAUCUGCCCGCACCAGAUGUUCAGUACCAAUAUUUACAACUCUUAGUUGACGAAUACGCUAGUAACAUGUCGCUGUAUGAGUCUGUUAAUAUAUUCCCCCCUGCGUACUACAAUGGUGUGUCGCCCAGAGCUAUGAAUUUGGUUCCUAAGAGUAGAGGGAAGUUACUGCUCAACCCUGAUGAUCCGAACGGCAAGCCCUUGAUUUACGCCAAUUAUUUCGCAGAUCCGUCUGAUUUCAUCCCCAUUAUAAAAGGACUUAAAUUCUUCUUUACUUUUGAGCACACAGAAACGUUCAAACGUUAUGGGGCGUAUUUCUUAAAGAAGUCAUUGUACCCGUGUGAGCAUUACGAAUGGGGUACUGAUGAGUACAUCAUCUGUAUGGCAAGAGCAUACACUUCGAGCACAUAUCACCCCGUGGGGACCUGCAAAAUGGGCCCCAGUUGUGAUGACAAAGCGGUCGUUGACCCCAAACUGAAGGUUUAUGGCAUUUCUCGUUUGAGAGUCAUAGAUGCAUCUAUCAUGCCUGUUGUGAAUCGUGGAAACACCGUAGCACCUACCUUGAUGAUUGCAGAAAAGGGUGCGGAUUUCAUAAUCGACGAAUGGUUAAAUAAAUACUAGCAUUCAUUCCCUCAGAAGUCAGGUGUUUAAAGCUAGAUUACACUGGUGUUUUAGCUACUGCAUAACAGAUGGCGUUACUGGUAUCAUAUUGGAGCUGACUUCAAUGACCCAGUUUUUGCUGGUGAUUCAUUUGUUUCGAUAUUUUAUCGUUAAUGUGUGUUAUGCAAAAUUAAAUUACGAAAUCUAUUAUACGAA